CUAGUCGCCAUCGCGCGCCCGGCAUCGGGACUCCGGGUCCCCGCCUCGCUCCCCAUGGGGCUGCGUCGCUGGCUGCGGAGCGCCUGCUGCUGCUGCCCGUGCCGGUGCCUGGAGGAGCCCGCGCAGCCGGAGAAGGAGCCGCUGGUCAGUGGUAAUAAUCCAUAUUCCUCAUUUGGAGCGACCCUGGAGAGGGACGAUGAAAAGAACUUAUGGAGCAUGCCUCAUGAUGUGUCGCACACAGAGGCCGAUGAUGACAGGAUCUUGUACAAUCUGAUAGUCAUUCGUAACCAGCAGACCAAAGACUCAGAGGAGUGGCAAAGACUCAACUAUGACAUCUACACCCUGAGGCAGAUGCGCAGGGAAGUGAGAAACAGGUGGAGGCGAAUCUUAGAAGAUUUGGGUUUUCAAAGGGAAGCAGACUCCUUGCUGUCAGUGACCAAGCUCAGCACCAUGAGUGAUUCUAAAAACACGAGAAAGGCCCGAGAGAUGCUGCUGAAACUGGCGGAAGAGACCUCUAUCUUCCCCGCCAGCUGGGAGCUCUCCGAGAGGUAUCUCUUGGUUGUGGAUCGUCUCAUUGCUCUGGAUGCCGCCGAGGAAUUCUUUAAGAUUGCUAGCCGAACCUACCCCAAGAAGCCCGGGGUCCCGUGCCUGGCAGACGGCCAGAAGAAACCGCACUACCUUCCAUUUCCAAGUCCCUAGAGGAAGGACCAGAAGGACAGAGUUCUUUCACCACGACACAGUUGUUUACCAAAGUCAGACAUCUGCCCUCAGUUGCAAAU